UUUUAGGCCACGCAACAAAGCUUCUAGCCUGCCGGAAACGCAUACGAAGAAGAAGGGAGUGAACAGUGACCAAGAAACAAUUUCCACCUUAGCGUUUUUUUUGUAUUUAGACGUUUAUUAACAACCUGGAACUCAUAAUAUGAUUAAUUUAACUGCACAGCAUCGAGUACUUACCCCAUGUAGUGUUUAAUUCGCACUAGAGACAGGACUUGGUUGAUAGAUGUUCUCUACGUAACGCUAGCUAGCUGCUAACAAUGGCUAACUGUAUGGUUUUUCACACACAAAUAGCCUCCAUCAUGGAGGUGCUAGCGAAUGCAGCCGUGGCAGAGAUCUGUAAACUCGUGGACGACGACUAUGCAGUGUUUCGUUUGGAAAUAACUCAAAGCCGGAAAGAAAACAGGGUAUUGCGGAGGAAACUACUGGAACUGAAGGUGGCACGGGAGCGCGCAGAGAGGACAAUGCGAGAGCGCGUCCUCACCAGUCGUCCCAGUAGUGUUAAGAUCCUCGACAGAUACAGAGGAAUUUCAAGAGGUGAAGGACAUCUCACUGGAGGCCACAGAACUAUUGUGAAGCCAGCGGGACACAAUACAUGGAGAGAUGACCAACCAAUCACUGUUGAUGAGGGGAGUGGAACCUCAACCCAGCACAUUAUCAUUAUUGAGUCUGCAGAGGCUGCAGGUCCUGGGGUCAAGCAGGAGAGGUCUGAAGGAGAGGACCCACGGCACAGCAGAGACAUCCAUACUGGAGUGUCUGGAGAGCCCCCUGUAGCCACAGAGGACCCCACUACCACCCCAGCGCAUCCCAGUGCCCGACGCAGCAUCACGGAGGUCAGUGGAACGCCGAACGCCGUCCUCAAGUCAGAGGCAGAGACCAAGACUUUAACUGUAACACACAGGCUCUUACACAAAGGAUCUGACCACAGAUCAGACCCAGAGAGAUUGGGGCUGGGGAGACUGGGCUGUCCUCCUGCUCCCGGCUCAGAGUAUUUACCAGUAUUUCACCAUAGGCAGAGGAUGGUUCAUUCCCAUGGUGAUAGUGACGUGUUAGACACUGGCGGCGAUGAUCCGUCUUAUUCUUACGUUACAAAAAUGGACCCUGGCAACAUGCCCUUGGGUUUAGAGACACAGACUGGUCUGUCUAGAGGGGACAGGAACAAUUACAGUAGUAGUAUAUACACUGAAGGCUGCCUAGAUAAGAAAGGGGAGGUUAUAGUGGUAGAUGAAGUGACUGUGAAAGUGGAGGGCGACGCUCCUCCCACAUGGAAUGCAGAUAGUCACCUUGGAGAUGGACAUUCACAGGGCAGAGAUUUCUUAGAUUACAGGGAAAGCUUAGAGACCGAUCUAAAUGUUGCCACCCGCUCUCCUUUACACUCGUUCAGGGAUCAAAACCCAGUGUCCACAUCAAUGGGGCCUUCCGAGUCACACAGCCGUGUCCUUUUUGAUGAGGUAUUGAACUCAAACGACAGGGCUAGAGCCCAGGCUCAGAGAAGGGGAGCCACAUCAGGCAAUAUUAAAGAGAAACGGUUCCUCUGCAUGUUCUGUAACAAAGGCUUCAGCUGCCUCCAGAAAGUAGAGAGGCACCAGAGGGUCCACACAGGAGAGAAACCCUUCAGCUGUACCCAGUGUGAGAAGAGGUUCUCCCGCCAGGACCACCUGAAGAUGCACCUGAAGGUCCACACAGGAGAGAGGCCGUUCGCCUGUACACACUGCGGGAAGAGGUUCUCAGAGAGGAGAUACCUCAGGAUACACCAGCAGAAAAACCAUUCUACUCUAUAACAUAGAAAGUAAACAUUCCACACGAUAGCUUCUGACGUUUAGAUCAAACCCUACAUGAAUUAAAAACAUUUAUUUUAGAUGUCAGCAGAAAAUAACCACAGAUUGUGUGGUAUAUAAGCCUACAAAGUCUGUUUCAUAUUGUUUGUGCUGUGUAGGCUAUAUGAUAUUCAAAUUUUCACAAGGCACUUCAUGAGAAAAUUAAUUCAGUUUAUCAUGUUCAUGCAGAUUUUUUUGUUGAGGUGUAUGUGUGGUUUUCAUGUUGUUUAAUAAACAAAAAAACUGAACUUUUCAUUCGAAGACUUUCAUUGACUCUAGACCCACACACUAACAAACAUCUACUGUACGUCAAAAUAGUUUAGUCAGGUUUGUCUGACUUUUGACUUAUCAUAGCUGACUCAUAUUUACCCACAACAUCAUAUUUAUGUCCACCAUGAUGGGUUUAACAACAAUGAAGUAAUUCUGUAACUACAGUAUAGGACUCAAACAUAGUGGGGAUGGGUAAACACUCCAUGUUGAAAGUGUGUUUUAUCUGUGUGUG